CCUCAUUCCUCUAGAAACCCUUCGGCAACGCAAUGUCUACUAGGCUAUUAUGCUCUCACCUCCCAGAUGGCUGAACAGAAUCACACGUUCAGCGAGAUGUGUCCUGCAUCCUCGAACUGCCCAUCGAACACUCGCGAGUGUUGUCAACCCUUCUCCGCCUGCGGUACGUGAGGAGGCCAUCCGCCUCCGCGAAUAUCAAGAAGAAUGCAUACAAUCGGUCCUCUCAUAUCUCAGUAAAGGCCACAAACGCUUGGGCAUAUCUCUCGCUACAGGAAGCGGCAAGACAGUUAUUUUUACACAAUUGAUCGACCGCGUUUCCCCUCCAAGCCGCGAUGCCCAACAGACCCUCAUCCUCGCCCACCGGCGCGAGCUCGUCGAGCAAGCUGCCCGGCACUGCGAACGUGCGUAUCCGGAUAAAAGUAUAGAAAUCGAAAUGGGCGAGACUCGAGCCACAGGCGCAGCGGACAUAACGAUUGCCUCCGUCCGCAGCAUGGUCUCAGGCGACCGCCUCUCAAAAUACCGGCCUGACCGGUUCAAGCUGGUCCUUGUCGACGAGGCCCAUCACAUCGUCGCCCCAGGUUACCUCCAAGUCCUCGAGCACUUCGGCCUCGAUACGAAACGCGAGACAUGUCCAGCCCUGGUUGGCGUAUCUGCGACAUUCAGCCGCUUCGACGGGCUUCGUCUCGGCGCUGCGAUUGAUCAUAUCGUCUACCACAAAGACUACGUCGACAUGAUCGGCGAAAAGUGGUUGUCCGACGUGAUGUUCACGACCGUCAAGUCUAAAGCGGAUCUGUCCAAGGUCCGGUCAGGCCAGGACGGCGACUUCCAAACUGGCCAGCUCAGCGCGGCCGUCAAUACCGAAAUCACAAACGACAUCACGGUCAAGGCCUGGCUGAGCGAAGCAGGCAAUCGACAAUCCACGCUGGUCUUCUGUGUCGACCUCGCCCACGUCGACUCUUUGACUUCGACAUUCCGCAGACAUGGCAUCGACGCGCAAUACAUUACCGGCGCAACGAAGAAGCGUGUGCGCGGUGAACGAUUGGAAUCAUUCAAAAAGCGCGAAUUUCCCGUGCUACUCAACUGCGGCGUUUUCACCGAAGGCACAGACAUGCCGAACAUAGACUGCGUAUUACUCGCCAGGCCAACCAAGUCCAGAAAUCUGCUCGUGCAAAUGAUCGGACGCGGUAUGCGCCUCUAUCCUGGUAAGAAGGAUUGUCACGUCAUCGAUAUGGUAGCGAGUCUGGAGACAGGCAUCGUCACGGUCCCGACGCUGUUUGGUCUCGAUCCGAGUGAAAUGGUCAGAGGCGCCAGGCUGGACGAUCUGAAAGACCUCAAGGACAAGCCCAACGAAGAAGGGGAUACAUCAGUAUCCCAGCUCGCACGGAGCCUGGGACCGCAUAUCACAGGCGACCACCGCUUAGACUUCACGCACUACGACAGUGUGCAUGACUUGAUCGAAGACACCUCCGGCGAGCGCCACGUGCGCGCCAUGUCGCCCAACGCGUGGGUGCAGGUCGAUUCGCAGAAAUACAUUCUAGCGGCGAAGGGAGGGGUCCUGACGCUCGAGUCUCGCGUAUCGCCAUCCGGACCCGAACCACAGUUCGCAGUCGUCUGGAAACACAGCCUGCCGAUGACGGAGGCCAGUAAGUCGCCGUGGUCGCGGCCGCGGGUCGUCGCAACCGCAAGCACGCUCUCUGAUGCACUGCAUGCCGCGGACACGUUUGCAUCACGCAAGUUUGAUCGGGUCUUCAUUGCCACGAGCACCAAUUGGCGCAAGACCCCGGCGAGUGAGGGGCAGUUGACCUUUCUGAAUCGUCUGCGCGACGUUUCGGAGGACGAUGUCGAACCGUUGACGAAGGAAGAUAUUACCAAGGGUCAGGCAGGCGAUAUGAUUACGAAGAUCAAGUUCGGGGCAAGAGGCAGAUUUGAUGCGUUGCAGGUCAAGACACGAAAGGCCGAGAGAGAAAUGGAGAAGCGGCGUAAGGCCACGGAGAUGAGGGAGCGUGAGACUGUCAGGGUUGGGCCGCUGGAAGCUUGACAACGGUAAGGUGUACGAGUAUCGUUUUCAAAUCAAUGUAUUUGCAACCCGCUCUAGCAUGAUAAAAUGGUACAUACAUCCCUCCAUAAGCACUUGAUCCACAGGCUUCACAACAUCAGACAAGCAGUGACUGGCCCGACUGGGUUGGAUGCUUCGACCCUGAUUUGCCGCAAGUACAGAACCA